AUGGCCGCCGACCACCUCAUCACCGACCCGACCCUCCUCUCCGUCCUCUCCGCCGCAGCCGAAACCCGCACGCAAUGCCUCCAAAUCCUCGCCCUCCUCUCGCAACGCGCCUCGCAAGGCGACGACGUGGACGACGAGCUCCAGACCGCUGAGAAGAACCUCAACGCACGACUGGCGAUACUGCGCGGUAUCAACCGCAGGGCUGUCAUGGGUGUGCGACAAACCAAGCAGGAGACGGCGGAGGCGCGGCAGGAGAUUGACAGUCUGCAUCUGCAGUUGCAGAAUUUGUAUUACGAGCAGAGGCAUUUGAGGGGGGAGAUUGCGGGGUGUGAGGAUUUUGAUCACAAGUACACCAAACUCCCCCUCAUCCCGGUGGAAGAGUUCCUCGCUACACAUCCUGAACACGCCGAGGCUGACGAGCACGAGCUUACGUUGGCACGAAUCGCGGAUGAGCAUGCUGCGAGACAGACGCUGGAGCAGCAGAAGCAGGAACUGGUCAAGAGGAAGGAGGCGUUGGUCAAGGAGACGAAUGCGAAGAAGGAGGAGCUGGGCAAGUUGGAUGGGGAGCUGGAGAAGUGGAUCGGUGGUCAGCAGGGUGUGAGGAAGAUCUUUGAGGCGAGAGAGAGCAAGAUGGCGGGCGCUUGA